AUGGAUGUCGAAUCAAAGAUCACGAAAGGUGCCUUGGACGCCGUCUUCAACGAUCCCGAAGGUGCCAACACGAAGUUUCCGGUCCCCGUUCUCCAGUGCCUGCAGAUCAAGCCCUUGGCUGCGCAAGCAGGAGGUGGUGCCGAGAGAUACCGUAUCGUAUUGAGUGAUGUCAACAACUACGUCCAGUGCAUGCUGGCCACGCAAGUGAACCAUGUCGUUCACGAGAACAAGCUGGUCAGAAACUGCAUCGUGCGAAUCACUCAGUACCAGGCCAACUCUGUCAAGGGCAAAAAUAUCUUGAUCAUUCUUGGACUCGAGGUCAUUGAGCAGCUGGGCACACCGGACAAGAUUGGCGAGCCCCAACCCUUCGAAGCAAAGCCUCCACCUGCAGCAGCAAACACUACCAUCGGCGGACAGAAUUUCUACGGUGUUAAGCAAGAAGAGACAAAGCCCAAGCCCCAACAAUCGAUACCCUCUCGCUCUGCUGGAGGAGCGACCGGCCAACACGGAAGCAGCAACAUCUACCCCAUCGAAGCUCUCUCCCCCUACGCUCAUAAAUGGACCAUCAAGGCUCGUGUCACACAAAAGUCUGACAUUCGGACAUGGCACAAGCCCAGUGGCGAAGGCAAGCUCUUCAGUGUGAACCUGCUUGAUGAGAGUGGAGAGAUCAAGGCAACCGGCUUCAACGAGCAGGUCGACCAGUACUACGAUAUGCUCCAGGAGGGAGGCGUUUACUAUAUCUCCAGCCCCUGCAAGGUCCAACUGGCCAAGAAGCAGUUCACAAACCUGCCGAACGACUACGAGCUCACUUUUGAGCGCGAUACCGUGAUCGAGAAGGCUGAGGAUCAGAGUAGCGUGCCUCAGGUGCGGUUCAACUUCUGCAACAUCCAAGAGCUUCAGGAGGUUGAGAAGGAUGCGACUGUGGACAUUAUUGGUGUUCUUAAGGAUGUUGAUGAGGUGUCUCAAAUCGUCUCCAAGUCGACAGGCAAGCCUUAUGAAAAGCGUGAGCUCACACUGGUGGAUGACACAAAUUACUCUGUUCGUGUCACCAUCUGGGGCAAGAGCGCCACUAACUUUGACGCCAAGCCCGAGUCUGUGGUGGCCUUCAAGGGUACCAAAGUAUCAGACUUUGGUGGUCGUAGUCUCAGUCUGCUCUCUUCGGGCACGAUGUCUAUCGACCCAGAUAUUCCUGAUGCUCACCGCUUGAAGGGUUGGUAUGACUCAUCUGGCCGCAACGAUACGUUCAGCAGCCACAACAACAUGGCUAGCAUGGGCAACGCCACUGGUCGCAAGGACCAGGACAAGUCCAUCCUCCAGGUGAAGGAGGAAAACCUCGGUAUGGAGCAACAGGACUACUUCAACCUCAAGGCUACCAUCGUCUACAUCAAACAGGACAACUUCGCUUACCCUGCGUGCAUGAACGAGGGUUGCAGCAAGAAGGUUACUGAUAUGGGCGAUGGCACCUGGCGUUGCGAAAAGUGCGACGUGUCCCACCCCAAGCCUGAGUACCGUUACAUCAUGUCAGUCAACGUGUGCGAUCACACCAACCAGCUGUGGCUCAGCUGCUUUGACGAUGUUGGCCGCGUCGUUAUGGGCAUGUCGGCUGAUCAGCUCAUGGCCCUGCGGGAGGAGGACGAGACAAAGAUGGCCCAGGCCUUCGAGGAAGCGAACUGCCGCAAGCUAAACUUCCGAUGCCGCGCAAAGAUGGACACCUUCGGCGAGUCACAGAGAAUACGCUAUCAAGUCAUGAGCGCAAGCCCGAUCGACUACAAGGCCGAGGGAGCCAAGCUCGCGGAGCUCAUCAAGCAGUUCGGCAUCAGCUCGUAG